UCUCUCUUUCUGUCCUUUCAAAGUGGUGCCGCUGCUAGGCGAAGUUCACUGCUGUGUUGGUGUCAACGUGCUUUUUCUUCGGUUUGCUUGUUUGUGGAUGGUGUUUCGUAGCCAUCGUUGGUGAUCGGACAGCCUAAAGCGCUGGAUGACACAAUGAAAUACUUGUCCACGCUCGUAUUACUGGCUCUUGGAGUAGCAGCAUCUCCGAAAGCACCCCGGUUAGAAGACGUUAACACCGACGUUGGCUACCAUGCGCUCGUCAAGGAGAACAGCCGCCACGUGGAAAUUAUGCCUCGUAUCCGCGUCGUUGACGCCAAGGUGUGUCGUUUCCUGAUUACGCACAAGAAGCACGGGGAGGCGCCGUUUGAAGUGCGUGUUACAGAUGAAGCAGCGGGCGAGGCAGAGCUCUAUGCCAAAAAGGACCUCAACUGUGAGAAGCACCGAAAUUACAAGUUUGACAUUGCUGCCGUUGGCUGCAACGGACUUGUCUCUGAAAAUGUGACAGUGCACCUGACAGUCGAAGAUGUGAACGAAUUUGCACCCCAAUUCGCCGAGGAGUCUUAUCAGGGCUCUGUAAACGAAGGGGAGCUCCCAGGGAAGCAUGUGCUUCAAGUCCACGCCCAUGAUGCAGACUGCACACCAAAGAACAGUGAGAUCUGCAAGUACGACAUCUUGGACCCACACGUUCCCUUCUCCAUUGACUCUGAAGGUACAAUCCACACAACGGAGACCCUCAGCUGGGAAUCGAGCAGCAACCAUAUCUUCCGUGUGGUAGCCUUUGACUGCAGCAUGAAGCAGUCGCAUCCUGUGACCAUUACAGUCAAAGUUAACCGCAUCUGUCAUGUUGGCUGGAAAGGGAUCGAGGAACGGGUGGAAUACAACCCUGGCUCCCAAAAAAGGGCCUUGUUUCCAGAAGCGCAGUUGGAGUUAUGCAGUGGUACCUGUGAUCCCGAUCGACUAACAGCCCGUCUCACUUUGGCUGCAGGCCAUGUUGGAAAGGGAUGUGAUCGUGACACAUACUCAGUUGACUCCCAAAGGAAAAUCUGCGGGGCAAGCUCAGAUAGUGUAGACCUUCUUCCAAGCCCAGGCGUCGGUGCAGAGUGGACUCAAGGAUUGCAUACGGACGAAGGUCGUGAAAGUGACCAGGUGUACGAAUUUGACGGCGCGACCAACGCCGUCGUAAUCCCGGAGUCGACAGUGAGCCACAAUUUGACGGACUCCUUCACGCUGGCCUUCUGGAUGCGGCACAAGGCCCCGACCGGUCAGAAUGCCACCCACAUGAAGGAACACGUCCUCUGUAGCUCCGAUGACCACCGCAUGAGCCGCCACCAUCUGUCCCUGUUUGUACGUCACUGCCGGCUCAUCUUGCUGCUGCGAAGGGAGCCGAGCCAAGAACAGCCAAACAAAUUCACGCCAGCUGAAUGGCGCUGGAAGUCACCUGAAGUGUGUGAUGACCGCUGGCAUCAUUAUGCAGUUUCUGUCAAUUUUCCUGAGGCAUCCCUGUUUGUGGACGGUCAGCCCUUCCGUACAUCCGCCAACAACCCAGAAGUUGUCGACGACUGGCCCUUGCACCGGACCAAGGGAGUAAACACCACGCUCGUAGUGGGAGCGUGUUGGCAGGGCAAGGAGAACCGCAUGGCAUUCCACUUCCACGGUUACCUGGCAGGCCUCUCUGUGCUUCGCGGACGUACGGAGUCACCAGACGUUCUGGCGUGCUUGCACCGUUGUAAGGAGUGGCUCGAGGGACCUUCUGCGGAUUCGCAAGCAGCUGGAACGGAAGUAGUAACCAACUCUGAAAAGAAUGAGGUCACACUGAACGCACGUGACCAAGACACCCUCGAAGAUAUGGUGUCGAGAGUUUCCUACGUGAAUGCACGCGACUUUCCUACACCAGGGAGGAGGACUAUCCGUAUCACGACAACCAUUGAGUGUACCAACGGUCAGUCGCAGAAGGUUCCUGCUGAAGAAUCUUGGGUGGUGGUUCUUCCAGCAGAACAGCCAAGCAUAAGCAUCAAUGGAACACCUAAUUUGGCCAGGGAGUAUGAGCCUUUCAAACAGGGUAUUGAACUCUUUGCCUCUGUCUCUAUCACCGUUGGCCGACCACAAUCACCAUCAUCUUCUUCGUGGGAAGAAGAAAGUAGCGAAGACGAUGACGACAGCGAAGAGACGAAUCACGUUACUCCCGUGCAGACACGCGAGCCGAAGUUGGACUCUUGCAGUGUGCAGGUCUACCCGCCGCUAAACCCAGAUCACGAGAGGUUCCAGCUCCCAUCGUACCUGAUGGCUCAUCUCGGCUUGCACCAUCGUGAAGGGCGGGACGGCCUGGUCAUCUACGGCUCCGACCGUGCGAGGCAUUAUGAGAGCGUACUGCGGCAGAUACUCUACUUCAACAAGAAACCCGCAUACUACUUGAACCGGGCAUUCAAGUUGGUUUGCUCCGAGCUGAACGGACGGUUCGUGAGCAAUGAGUACAUUCAAACGUUGACCGUGAUCCACCCAAGAGCGGAGGCUGGUCAUCAUGAAGCGUCGUCCUCAACACCCGUUUCUGGUGAAAAGACUACCACCGCAGCAGCUGUGUCGGCACACAGAACUGUUGCUCAGGCCCACGUGCAGGUUGCUGCACAUAGUGUCGACGUUAAGGAAGCGAAAGUGCGCGCCGGAAAGUAUGUUGAUGUUGGAUUACUCGAUGGCAGUGCUUCGGAAGCCCUGGCCAAGACUUCGGCGAGCCAUGCUGUGACCAUCAUAAUUGUGGUUUGCGUUGGCUUCCUGGUGUUCAUGAUUGUACUCGGAGUGAUCCGUAUCCGAGCAGCACAUCACCACACGCAGCGCCACCAUCGAGUGGCAACUGAUUCGCGGGAGGACGACCAGGAGAUGGCCUGGGAUGACUCUUCCCUCACCAUCACUGUAAAUCCCAUGGAUCAAAUAGCGGAGGAACAAGAAGGUCGUCGGACGACCUCCACGAGUGCUGCACGACGCAGCGCCAACACCGCCCCUGCGGACGAGGAAGAUAGUGACAGCUCUGAUGACGGGAGCAGCUAUCACGACGAAAGCGAGGAGGAAGAAGCGGCUCCCGACAAGGCCAAGACUAAGGGAGAUCUCGAGUGGGACGAUUCCACACUCAACUUCUAACUAGUAGAAGGCACUUAAACCCCCCCCCCCCUUUAUUCCAUUUCAGUUCCCCCCUGUUACCACUGUUGUCCGUUUGGAGAGUCCCCAGUGAUUUCGUUCAUCUCGAUACGUUGUAGCAUUUUUUUCUUGUUUUCAGGCUACGUUCAGAUUUCCUUGUUGAAAGUUCUUUAUAUCCCGGCACUGUUUUUGGCUCGACGAGUGAUGUUGGAGCCUCCGAUACUAUUCUUUCUGUAUUGAGGAACUUCUGGCACGGGGCACUAUAGUCUUUGAUCCAGUGGCUUAAACUGAAUUGGACUUUCGACCGGCAGUUGGGGUUCGGGGAGUACACUUGGCAGCUGAGUGAACACGUGAGACGUCUUUCUGGACUCCCAUUAGCUGCACUGCCUCCAGUCCGUAUUCGUUAGACACCCCUCUUGAAAAUCGUUUUUCUUUUCUUCUCCCUUCGCUUACGUUCCAGCCCCGGACGUGGCCGGGAAUGCUAGGCAGCUGACGUACCCCGAGAAACUCCUUGAAGGGGAAAGGGAAAUCUCUAUACGACACCCUGAAACAAUUAUUUGAUCCCUUUCGUGCCUAAGCCUUCCCCAAAAGAGCUCUCAUAAGAUUACCUUCCCGUGCCCUUAUGGUGUCAGGCAUAGAAGUUUGCUUCUGUAUAGCCUUCACCACACCUUCACCCAGGUUUCCUAUUGUUAUUCCUACCUUGCCUUUAUAGGGUUCGUGUGUGUGUACACAGGAUAUGUAGUCCAUUCACUGAUGAGGCUUUUGUGCAUCACAUCCCCCGUGUCCCCCGUGGCAAAAAAAAAAAUUAGGGAGCUAUUUCUGCAAUUUUGCCAGUAUACUAUAUAUAUAUAUAUAUAUAUAUAUACACUUGUUUUUAAUGGUGAUUUUCUUUGCCUCUGCAAAGAUGCAUUUCGUUUGAGCCUACGACUCUUCUGUGGGCAUAGACUCUUGUGUUUUCGAGUUUCAUGAUUUUUUCAAUUUUUUUCAUUUUUUGUGUGUGUGUGUUGGGGGGAGGGUAAAAGUCGGGUGGUUAUUUCAGGAGCUGUAAAAUGGGAUAAAAUCGGGUUAUAUCGGGUGGGGGGAAAAAAACGAACUUCUUCCAUUUCAGAUGUACAGGAGAUCCUGAGCAGCAGAACAUGCUGUGCAGUGUUCCCCAGUGCCCGUAUUUGUUUUUAUUUUUUUACCGUGACCAUUUGUUUUCAUGUCAUGUAAAGGUGACGAGCGGACUAAUGGCGUUUUUUCCCCCCCUAAAACACAAGUCUCUAUGUGGACAGGCUAUUCUGCGCUUCGUUCGAGAAGCAACUCACAAUUUUGUUUUUUUCUUGUACUUUAAAAGUUUUUUGUACUUUUAAGUUUCUAUUUCUCUGCCUAGAAACAGGACAAAAGAAGAAGAAGAAAAAAAAAACAGUCAUGCACUACUUAGUCAUUUCUUUUUUCCUUGUCUUAAUAGUGGACUUUCAGAGGUUUACUCUGUGAACAAGCUACUGCAUUUUAUUACACUUUUUAAAUUUACAUAUGGCAAACAAUACUUUGACAUUAUGCAUAUAGAAGCACUUAUCGAUGCUGUCUAUACCUGCUCCCAUAUAUAAUUCUGUUCGUGUUUUCCUUUCUUUUUUUCUGCUAUAUUCUCUACCUUUGAAUCAUCCAAGGUACAUGCCAUGAUAAGCUGUGCAUCAUUUACCUAGUUACAUUUUACAUAAAAAAAAAAGAACACACGUGCUCGCAUUAGCACGUGCUUCGCUGUCGUCACAUCAGUAGAAACGAGUGUUACAUAAGACUAUACAUGCCACACGUGCAGCAGUCGUCUUCUGCGAGCAGUUGAAAUGAUUGGGCCACACGUUAUUCUCAGGAAUAGAGCUUCCUGAAAGUGCACUGUGAAUAUCAACACCGCUGACACCCUAGUUUGCUUUGCACUCUACUACCUACAUUUGUACGAAAAAUGUGUUCACCUUAGUGACUGGAGGCAUUUGUACGGUUGCCCACACGUUUGUUAUAAGUGUUUGUUUCCGUUGCUGGCAACCUCCUCCCUCUUUAGGGAUUGUGCCAUAGAGUAGUCAUUUUUGUCUCGUAAUGCUUUCAAGUGUUCACUGGGGAGGGGGGGGAACGGAGUUCAGUUCGACAACUUCAUCAGACUCAUGACUCGAAACGCUUCUUCUAAAUGUUCACGGAAAUGAGGACACUUCAAAACGUGGUUGUCUCACCGCUUGAGGACACUUCAUGCCUGCUGUCAGCCUCGUGAGGACGCAAAGCAUGGUCUUGUCGCUGGAAGGGUGUCGUCUGCUAGCGUUUUGGCAUGAAUUCCCUCAGCGGAUGCCUUUGAGUAAGGGGGUCUCGAUGAUCAGGAAGCCUGUGUGCAAAGGCAUCAAUUUCAAGUGGGAACACAUAUCCAGGUGUCCUCAGUGGGAUGUACAUGUAAUGUUUUUCCACAGUCUAUGGAAGAAAAAAAAAAAACGUUAUAGCAGCCCUUAGCUGUUUGGUGUGUGUAUGUCUGAUGCUCCAUUUUUGUUAUUCCGUAUCCUUUUCGUCUGCCUGGUCCUUGGUGGUGGCAGAUAGAGGUGUCUUUCCUUUUGUUUCACAGCUAUUGUGUGCGUGCGUGUAUGUGAAGAGAGGACACGGCAAGGGGGGAGGGGGGGUUUCGAGUAGAGCAAGGCGUAAUUAGAUCAUGUUCGGAGCGUGGGGAUGCCACUACGGUCUUUGUACUUACGACACAGCUCUCUUACGAUCCCACAAAAAAAUGAUGUGCGGGCAACAGGUAAAAAAAAACAAAAACAGCGUUAAAUAACUGAGAAGAUAUCGCAUCAUUUGCUACUCACAAAUGCCGUACCUCGAUUUUCCGAAGGUCGUCGUUUCCUCGAGGAAUUUGGACGAAGGCCAAAAAUUGAAAUGUACGGACGGUGACACCACGAGGAAAUACAGUGGUACGUUAUGCACCGUUAUAGUUCACUUCCUUUCUUCUCACGAUCAUUCCCAUUUCACCGCAUUUCUUCUGCCGUCGGCUAUCGGCACUGUUAUGCUUUUGCUGGUUCUAAGCGUGCGAUGCAGUUGUUUCGACAAAAAGGAGCAUCAGGCCAGUAGGAACAUUGCUGGGCGCAAAACUGCCCACCGCUACAUAACGUGAAGCCUAGUAAUUUUGCACACUGUGCAAGGAUAUGAGUGAGUGAUACAUUCCAUGUGAAAUACGUUUGUGUAUAUGUUCGACUUUAUAGCUUAUGUUUUUACAAUUGCAAAAAAACGUGUCAUCAACGAGGACCUAAAAGGCACCGGGAAUGCACAGCAGAGCGUGUGUCCUGCCCGAUGUGUAUUCCGUGAUAUCUAUGUAUAAAUAUACAUAAUAUAAUGCAAAUUGUAGCCUUGUGCAGGAACAUCCUCUUUGACAAUUCUGUACCAACCAAUUACUUGGAUUGCAAUAAACACCAGAUGGUUGUCCCA